AGCGCGAGCGCCUGCGGACGGACGGACGGACCGACGGCGGCGGCACCGACACCAACAACAACAACAACAACAGCAACAGCAGCCGCUGGCGCCACACCCCGGCACCGGGGACAGCCCCCACACUUUCUCCACUCCUCCUUCUCGGCACCAAGGUCGUGCUCCAUGCUCCGCUCGAGCCCCGGGGCUAUUCCUGCUCAAAGAAACUUGACCUUGGAUACAAACCAGCAAAGCAUCAAUGUUUGAGGAAUUAAAGGUUGAGGAAUUAUGUGAUUGCGAGAGGACACGGAUCUCACGAUGCUAACAUUUUACACAAACAGGGCAAAUGUAGACGUCUGUGAAACUUCUUUGCUGGAACAAAUGAAAUGACAGAAACACUGGAUGUAUGAGAGGACCUGUAUUGUGAAAUCUCAGCAUGGCAGGAUUACAGCUCAUGACGCCUGCUUCAUCACCAAUGGGCCCUUUUUUUGGACUGCCGUGGCAACAGGAAGCUAUCCAUGAUAACAUUUUUACACCACGGAAAUAUCAGGUUGAACUUCUAGAAGCAGCUUUGGAACAUAAUACUAUCGUUUGUUUAAAUACUGGCUCAGGGAAGACUUUUAUUGCAGUGCUACUCACAAAGGAGUUAUCUCAUCAGAUCAGGGGACAGUUCAACAAGAAUGGCUCGAGGACUGUGUUUUUAGUUAGUUCAACAUCCUCUGUGGCUCAGCUAGCAGCAGCUGUCAAGACUCAUUCUGAUCUGAAGGUUGGGGAGUAUUCUGUUAUGGAGAACGUUGAGUCAUGGACAUGGGAAGAAUGGAAUAAACGCUUCAGUGGACAGCAGGUGCUAGUUAUGACUUGCCACAUCUUCUUGCACAUAUUGAAGAGAGGCUACAUUCUCCUCUCGAAUAUCAACCUGCUGGUGUUUGAUGAAUGUCACCUUGCAAUUAAAGACCAUCCCUAUCAGGAAAUUAUGAAGAUGUGCGAGCAAAAUCCCUCGUGCCCUCGUAUCUUGGGAUUAACUGCCUCCAUUUUAAACGGGAAAUGUGACCCUUCUGAACUGGAGGAGAAGAUUCUGAAGCUGGAAAAGAUUCUCAGGAGCAGUGCAGAGACUGCCACUGACCUGGUGGUGUUGGACAAGUAUUCUUCUCAGCCUCAUGAGGUUGUGCUCGAUUGUGGCCCAUAUGAGGAUAAAAGUGGAUUAUAUAAAAAACUUUUAAAAGAAUUGGAUGAAGCACUUAAUUUUAUUAAUGACUUCAAUAAUGUAUCUGCACGCUGUGAUGAUCGAGGCCCAACUUCAAUCCCUAAGCAGGUACUGGUAGAUUGCCGUGCUGUGCUAACCGUUCUAGGGCCUUGGUGUGCUGAUAAAGUAGCUGGGAUGAUGGUGAGGGAGCUCCAGAAAUACAUCAAGCAUGAGCAGGAGGAGUUGAACAGGAAGUUCCUUUUGUUUACAGAUACUCUUCUGAGGAAAAUUCAUGCACUCUGUGAAGAACACUUCUCACCUGCUACUCUCGAUCUGAAAUACGUGACCCCAAAAGUUAGCAAACUGUUGGAAAUCUUGCAUGAGUACAAACCUUUUGAGCGGCAGCAGUUUGAAAGUGUUGAGUGGUACAACAAUCGGAACCAGGACAAUUAUGUGUCGUGGAGUGACUCUGAAGAUGAGGACGAAGAAAUAGAGGAGAAAGAAAAGGCUGACACUAACUUUCCAUCUCCUUUCACUAAUAUACUUUGUGGGAUUAUUUUUGUGGAGAGACGCUACACGGCAGUUGUUCUAAACAGAUUAAUAAAGGAAGCUGGUAAACAGGAUCUGGAGUUGUCUUAUGUCAGCAGUAAUUUUAUAACUGGUCAUGGCAUCGGAAAGAACCAACCUCGUAAUAAACAGAUGGAAGUUGAAUUCAGGAAACAAGAAGAGGUGCUGAGAAAAUUCCGAGCGCACGAAACCAAUUUACUCAUCGCAACUAGCGUUGUUGAGGAGGGAGUUGAUGUUCCAAAAUGCAAUCUGGUAGUUCGAUUUGAUUUGCCAACAGAAUAUCGUUCCUACGUGCAAUCUAAAGGCAGAGCGCGAGCUCCCAUUUCAAACUACAUCAUGCUGUCAGAUUCUGACAAAAUUGAAGACUUCAAAGAGGAUCUCAAAACCUACAAAGCAAUUGAAAAGAUUCUCCGAAACAAAUGUUCAAAGUCUGUAAAUUCCGCUGAAGUGGAGGUAGAACCUGUAACUGAUGACGAUGAGCUGCUUCCUCCGUAUGUACUGAGACCAGAAGACAGCAGCCCGCGAGUCACUAUCAACACUGCCAUUGGACAUGUGAACAGAUACUGUGCCAGAUUACCCAGUGAUCCCUUCACACAUCUGGCUCCAAAGUGCAAAACUCAAGAACUAUUAGAUGGUACUUUUCAGUCAACUCUCUACCUUCCAAUCAACUCGCCCCUCCGUAUCCCAGUAACUGGUCUUCCAAUGCCCUGUACGAGAUUGGCUGAGAAAGCAGCAGCCCUUCUUUGCUGUGAACGGCUGCACAAAAUAGGUGAGCUGGACGAUCACUUGAUGCCGGUCGGAAAAGAAACAGUGAAGUAUGAGGAAGAGCUUGAUUUGCACGACGAAGAAGAAACCAGUAUUCCUGGGAGACCCGGUUCCACAAAACGGAGACAAUGCUACCCUAAAGCAAUUCCUGAAUGUCUGAGGAACAGUUACCCCAAAGCAAAUCAACCUUGCUACCUUUAUGUGAUUGGCAUGGUGUUGACCACUCCUCUACCUGAUGAGCUCAACUUCAGAAGGAGAAAGCUGUACCCGCCAGAAGAUACAACCAGAUGUUUCGGGAUUCUGACUGCCAAACCAAUACCGCAGAUUCCACAUUUUCCGGUAUAUACACGUUCUGGUGAGGUUACCAUAUCUAUUGAAUUGGGCAAAUUGGACUUCACAUUGAGUACCAAGCAGCUGGAGCUGAUCACUAGGCUACACCAGUAUAUCUUCUCUCACAUUCUUCGUCUGGAGAAACCUGCACUAGAAUUCAAGCCUACAGAAGCUGAUGCAGCCUAUUGUGUUCUACCUCUCGAUAUAGUUGAUGGUUGCAGCCAUUUGGAUAUUGACUUCGCCUUUAUGGAAGAUAUAGAAAGGUCAGAAGCUCGCACAGGCAUUCCCAAUACACAGUACACAAAGGACAAGCCGUUCACAUUUAAUCUGGAAGAUUAUCAGGAUGCAGUUAUCAUUCCAAGAUAUCGAAACUUUGACCAGCCUCAUCGCUUCUAUGUGGCCGAUGUGUACACAGAUCUCACCCCUCUCAGUAAAUUCCCUUCCCCCGAGUACGAAACAUUUGCAGAGUAUUAUAAAACCAAGUACAAUCUGGAUCUGACCAACUUGAACCAGCCUUUGCUGGACGUGGACCACACAUCUUCCAGACUGAAUCUUCUCACCCCUCGUCACUUGAAUCAGAAAGGAAAAGCACUUCCUUUAAGUAGUGCGGAGAAGCGCAAGGCCAAAUGGGAGAGUCUGCAAAACAAGCAGAUUCUUGUCCCAGAACUCUGCGCUAUUCAUCCUAUCCCAGCUUCCUUGUGGAGAAAGGCCGUAUGCCUUCCCAGUAUUCUUUAUCGACUGCACUGUCUAUUAACAGCAGAGGAGCUGCGAGCCCAAACAGCGAAAGAAGCGGGUGUGGGAAUCGAAGCUCUCCCAUCAAACUUCAGGUAUUCCAACCUAGACUUUGGGUGGAAAAAGUCUAUAGACAGCAAAGCUUAUAUCCUGGUUGCCAGCUCCUGUACAGAUGAAAAUGAGUGUUCUUGUAAGCACAGCACAACUGUAGCCCCUGAAGAUGCUGCACAUCGAGGUGCUAUCGACGAGAGCUCCUCAAUUGAGAACCUUCACCAGAUGUCUGUGAACAAAACCACCAAGAGUCUGUCGCCCAAAAAGCCCUUCAGUGCUGACAAAGUCACCAAGAGCACAAUACCAGUUAAUGGUGUAGUUUGCACCGAAAGCCUAACCAAUGGAAGUGCUGAACUGCUGAACCAAGGGUGCAUUUGCCAUCAGAAUCAAAUUAACUCUUACAGGCAUGACCUAUUCGUACAACCAGCUACCUCAGUUCCCAUGCAUAACACACAUCGCAGUGAGAACCAGCCCAAGCCCAGUUUUGAAUGUAAUCUACAAAGUAAUAACCGAGACGGAAUUACUAACAAAUCUACCUCAGAUUGUUGCUCAAAAGAGGCAGUUUCCUGCAAUUCCUCAGAGCCUCUGGCAAUUCCGCAAUGGAUUUUGGAUUCGGGUGACUGCCCCCCUGAAGCGUAUACAACUGAAACCCUCGGCCCUAACCCUGGUCUGAUUCUCCAAGCCCUGACCUUGUCAAAUGCCAGUGAUGGCUUCAACCUGGAGCGCCUGGAGAUGCUUGGCGAUUCGUUUCUGAAGCACGCCAUAACAACAUAUCUCUUCUGUACAUACCCAGAUGCCCACGAAGGGCGGUUGUCUUACAUGAGGAGUAAGAAGGUCAGCAACUGCAAUCUCUAUCGCCUUGGAAAGAAGAAAGGUCUUCCUAGUCGAAUGGUCGUCUCGAUAUUUGACCCACCCGUUAAUUGGCUCCCUCCUGGCUACGUGGUAAAUCAGGACAAAUACAUUGCAGACAAGAGCGAAAUGAAAGACAUGGCUGAAUCAGGGCAAGUGGCUAAUGGUGAUCCCUAUGAUGAUGAUGAUGAAGAUGAUGAUGAUGAUGACGAUGAUGAUGAUGAUGAUGAUGAUGAAGAGGAGGAUGAUGACCCCGAUUUCCCUGAAGAUCUGUUGUGGACAGCACAGAAGGAGGAAGCAGAAUACGAUGAUGACUUCUCAGAGUACGAUCAAGAGCAUAUAAAGUUCAUCGACAAUAUGCUAAUGGGGUCUGGGGCAUUUGGGAAGAAGAUCUCGCUGCCUGCUUUCCCGCCUGCUGAUCCAACCUUCGAAUGGAAGCCUCCGAAAAAAGCUGCCACAGGAAACGGUCAUUCCUUCUCUGGCGAUGAGUUUGACUACAGCUCGUGGGACGCCAUGUGCUACCUGGACCCCAGCAAGGCCACAGAUGAAGAUGAUUUUGUGGUGGGUUUCUGGAACCCCUCCGAAGAGAAUGGUGGCGUUGACACAGGCAAGCAGAGCAUCUCUUACGACUUGCACACGGAGCAAUGCAUAGCAGACAAGAGCAUUGCUGAUUGUGUGGAGGCUUUACUGGGCUGUUACCUGACCAGCUGUGGUGAGAGAGCUGCCCAGCUUUUCCUCUGCUCACUGGGGUUGAAAGUCCUUCCAGCAGAAGCGAAGCUGGGCGAUGAGAGAAAAUGGCCGCCAGAGGAGCAGGGCACCUUUAAUUUGAACGAUAAGCCAGGGGGGAUUAAAAUUGUUUCUUUGUCCCACUUGAAAUCUCCCUGCAAAGGUCAGGAAUAUGGACACCUUCAGAUUCCACCAAGAUGCAUGUUUGAUCACCCGGAUGCCGACAGAACGCUGGGCCACCUAAUAUCGGGUUAUGAAAACUUUGAAAAGAAAAUAAACUACAGAUUCAAAAACAAGGCCUACCUUUUGCAGGCAUUUACUCAUGCCUCCUACCACUACAAUACAAUCACAGAUUGUUACCAGCGGUUGGAAUUCCUUGGAGAUGCAAUUUUGGACUACCUCAUUACCAAGCACCUUUACGAAGAUCCCCGGCAGCAUUCCCCUGGGGUGUUGACAGACCUGCGUUCAGCUCUUGUGAAUAACACCAUCUUCGCUUCUUUAGCUGUGAAAUACGACUACCACAAGUACUUUAAAGCCAUCUCGCCCGAGUUGUUCCAUGUUAUAGACGACUUUGUUCAGUUCCAGUUAGAAAAGAAUGAAAUGCAAGGAAUGGACUCCGAGCUAAGAAGAUCUGAAGAGGAUGAAGAAAAAGAAGAAGAUAUUGAAGUUCCCAAGGCCAUGGGGGAUAUCUUUGAAUCUCUCGCUGGAGCCAUCUAUAUGGACAGCAGGAUGUCCUUGGAGACGGUUUGGCAGGUGUACUACCCCAUGAUGAGACCCCUAAUAGAGAAGUUUUCAGCGAAUGUACCACGCUCUCCUGUUCGUGAGUUGUUGGAGAUGGAGCCAGAGACUGCCAAAUUUAGCCCCGCAGAGAGAACGUACGAUGGCAAAGUCCGAGUCACCGUGGAGGUGGUUGGCAAAGGAAAGUUCAAAGGAGUCGGCCGCAGUUACAGGAUUGCCAAGUCUGCGGCAGCUCGCAGAGCACUAAGGAGCCUGAAGGCAAACCAGUCUCCAUUGCAAAACAGCUGAGGAGUCAUCCUCCCUACUCCCACACCCCAGCCCAGCCCGCACCUCUUCAUAAGCUCACCUGGGGUCACGAGAAAACAAGACUGGGUCAUCGAGCGUGAGCCAGUUACUCUAUGAAGGUGUAAAGUGUUUGUACUACAGUAGUAUAAUUUAGGAUUAAUUGUGGACUAUAGUAAGCUCUUGCGCGAACACAAUCCUUCCCUCCUCCUGCCCUAUUUUGCUAGAUUAAUCACAAGAGUGCUUUAUAUUCAUUUUGCAAGCAUUUUAACAGUUGUCAGGUUUCCCUAUGAUGUUUACUUAAUUUUUUUUUAAUAUAGCUUUUUGCUUGGUGUUUAGUGAGCCAGGAAGCUUAUGCUGGUAAAGUGAUUAGUUAUUAGAUUGCACAUUUUUAGUAAUCUUGAAAUUCUUGACCUGUGCACUAGUGCCAGUCCAGCAGCAGUGUGUAAAACUGUCUAGUAUGAGCUGGUGAGAGCAAGCGAGUGUGCCAGUAUUGUCCUGUUUCCUCGUCAUCCAUUCACAUUUAGAGGUGACAUUCCCAAUCCUUGUUUUUGCACUUAAUUUAAAUAGGAACAGGUUUCACUUAAAGCAACUGGCAUUUACAGUGAGUACCAUUUGUUCAACUUAAUGCCACACAAUGAGUCUCUUGCAUUUAAUCAAAAGGGUUUUGCCUUAAUUAAAAAUAACCCCCACUUGUUUUGUUUUCUUGAACCUUUUGAUACAUUUUUAUGGCUGAUUUUACAUUCCCAUUUAAUACACGUUAUAUGAUAACUGACGGCAGCCAUCGACUGACCUCCAUCGGAGCUGCGAUUGCGUAACUUAUUGCAGAGCGAGAUGGAGUUACACGUAUAUUUUAAUACAGAACCAAUGGUUUCGGAUACUUAGAUUUGAAGCGUUGACAAUUUUCUUUUCGAUGCAAGAAGUAGCUGAAUUUCCACUCUGUGGUCUUUAGGGAAAGUGUGCAUUGUGCUGGCGACGUGAGUGCGGUGCUUCCCAACUCAAAUUUGGUGCUGCAGUACAGAAACCGUCGCUCUGGCGACACGGUGACUUUAGACAUAUCAUUCGUAAAAUAUGCUGCAGAAUAUUUUUGUAAAAUAUCGGAAGCGUUAUUUUAUUGUUGACCAGCACCUUUCCAUUUGUAAGAGAUGGAGUAAAAAUGCGCAGGUGAACGUACACCAACCCACGCAGACGCGAGUGCAUGCAGCGUACAAUAUGUAUAUGCAAGAGCGCGCGCGCACACACACACACACACACACACAAACAGACGCGCGGGAACAAGCACACACAGAGAAGCACAUGCACUUCCUCUGUGCUUGGACAAAAGCACCUAACUUUUACACCAAAGUUGUGUGUUUGUGAAGAAACCCUGUUCGUGUUUGCAUCGUUUUGUUUUAUAAAAGUUAAAACCUACGUGGCACAGGCAAGGAACAGAAAAUCCUGUGAUUAAAACAUGAUCUUGUUUAAUCAGUCUUCAGCAUUCAAGCUUUUAAAGAGAGGAUGCAUCCUACUUGGCUCAGCUCAAGGUCGUGGUUAUGUUUUCAGUAGAAACCAAUUAGGCGUUCUUCCCUUUGAAUACCUCAGUUCUUAUUUGCAUGAGUUUUUGAUUUCUCGUUAUUUUUGGUGCUAUGUUUUUAUAUUAUGCUUGAAAUGUUUAAAUAAUUGUUUUUGCACUGUAACUAUAAUACCUCUUUUAAUUUUACUUUUUGAAAAAAAAAUUACAUUUGGGAACUUUGUCUCAAUGCUCUCCAGAAAAAUCCUCUCAAGUCCCCUGCAGUUGUUACUCACCUUUACCACCGCGACGAGCUUCAGACGUUUGAAAGCAAGUCUUUCUCGCUUUUAUUGUUCACGUGAGUCGGGAGACAUGAACUUGAAAGGCGUUCGUGUACAGUUUUUACAUCCCAACCUGUCGCAUCGUUCCUGUCACUUGCAAAAGUAAAGUCUUUUAAAUCUCUCAAAAGUUAACAACUGAAGACAUAUAGCUACCUUUUAUUAAUGUACAAACUGAAAAAUGAGUCAUUGUUUUUAACACUAGUCAUAUGUACGUGAUUGAUUGCCGCGGGCUCAUUUUAAUCUGCAUCAUGGUCCAGAAAAUGGAUUUGUUCCUGUUUCCACACACUGUUACCCCAAAACCUGUUUAGAUAUCCCCGUCGUACAGGCAUAGUCCAAGGCAAGUACUCAUCUCCACGUAUCAUACGUUCAAACGAAACACACUCUACUAGAAAUGUCACAAAGGAUUUGACAUCAAACAGAAUGUCACCAAUUUGGGAUUAUUUCCAGUAUAAACAGUGCAUCACACUUUUCAAAAGAAUCAAGAGAAGCGUGGGCUAUUUCUAUCAUUUAUAUUCCUUCAUGAAAUCCUAUUUUUCCACUGUAACAGCCUUCUGAUUUAAAGUCCUAAUCAAUGCUGCAAUUUAUUUCCUCCCUGUCUUUGUCAAGACACAAAACACAGUGUCCCCCCCCCGUUGCUGUUGUAUACAUGUAGCACGAUUUAAGCAUUGCACUUGGCACCAUGCUUUACCUCAUUUCAAACGAGAAAUGUAUAUGCUAAUAUGCUUAAUGAGAAAAAGAUUUGUUUUAUUUUAGGUUUGGGCCUUGCUGCUGUAAUAAAUGCUAGGGUUUUAUUUGUGAAAGGUGAUGAACUUGCUAUCUUCUGUGUUCCUGCAGUCCCUCACUCACUGUACAACACAUGACUUUAAAUGCACUCUAACCUCAUUGCAAGGGCAGGUCGGCAGCAGUGGUGGCAGCAAUCUAUUCUUUUGUUGGUAUUUUGUACCAGAAUGAUAACUGUGACGUUUAAGAAGAGAAAAAGUGCGUGUUUGCGAGGUGUUUGAGUAUUGCGGGCGUUUGCUGUAAUGUAAAUAGUGUGAUUUUAAAAGCACCUGCAGGAGAAUGGGAGUGAAUACAAAAUGUAUUGGAACUAAAUUAAGUGCAUCAUCACAUACUGCAGCAGUCUGUAAGGGACAGAGAAUAUAUCUCAUUCAUACUGUAAACAUGCUGCAGAGAUUUGCAUUCUGCACCUUAUGGAUCACAAUUUCGCCUUUUAAUGGUUUCUUUUUGUAAUUGUAGCUUAAAUAUCAACAAUAAAGUAUGGUCUGGUUGGUCAUUA